GCCCGACGUCGCCUCCGGCUAGGAUGGCCCCCCCGGGCCCGGCCGGCGCCCACCCCGCCUCGGCCGAGCCGCUGUCCCGCAGCAUCUUCCGGAAGUUCCUGCUGAUGCUCUGCUCCCUGCUCACGUCCCUGUACGUCUUCUACUGCCUGGCCGAGCGCUGCCAGCCCCUGGCGGGCCCCGUCGUGGGGCUGCCCGGCGGCGGCGGGGAGGCGACCCGCGGCGUCCUGGCCGGAGCCCCGAGCGCGCUGGCCGCGUGGCCCGCGCCCGGGCACGGAAAGCGCCUCCUGCAGCUGCGCCGGGGGCGGAGGCGCCGGCCGGCCGCGCCGCGCGGCGACGGCGACGAGGCGGCCUGGGAGGACGACACCCCGGGCCUGGCCGGCGGCCCGGGCGGCUCCGGGGCCGGCAGCAGCGUGGCGGAGGCCCCGCCGGGGACCCUGGCCCUGAUGCCGGACGAAGGCAGCAAGCAGCUGCCGCAGGCUAUUAUCAUCGGCGUGAAGAAGGGCGGCACGCGGGCGCUGCUGGAGUUCCUGCGCGUGCACCCCGACGUGCGCGCCGUGGGCGCCGAGCCCCACUUCUUCGACCGCAGCUACGACAAGGGCCUCGCCUGGUACCGGGACCUGAUGCCGAGGACCCUGGACGGGCAGAUCACCAUGGAGAAGACGCCCAGCUACUUCGUGACGCGCGAGGCGCCCGCGCGCAUCGCCGCCAUGUCCAGGGCCACCAAGCUCAUCGUGGUGGUGCGCGACCCGGUGACCCGGGCCAUCUCGGACUACACGCAGACGCUCUCCAAGCGGCCCGACAUCCCGCCCUUCGAGAGCCUGACCUUCGCCAACCGGACCGCGGGCCUGGUGGACGCGUCGUGGAGCGCCAUCCAGAUCGGCCUCUACGCCGAGCACCUGCAGCGCUGGCUGCGCCACUUCCCGCUGCGCCAGCUGCUGUUCGUGAGCGGCGAGCGGCUCAUCCGCAACCCGGCCGGCGAGCUGGGCCGCGUGCAGGACUUCCUGGGCCUCAAGAGGAUCAUCACGGACAAGCACUUCUACUUCAACAAGACCAAGGGCUUCCCCUGCCUCAAGAAGGCCGAGGGCAGCAGCCGGCCCCACUGCCUGGGCAAGACCAAGGGCCGGCCGCACCCCGCCAUCGACGGCGCGGCGCUGCGCAGCCUGCGGGCCUUCUACCGGCCCUUCAACCGCAGGUUCUACCAGAUGACCGGGCACGACUUCGGCUGGGACGGGUGACGGUGCAAUUUAAACAGAAGCGUAUCCAGAUAUAAUAUAUUUUUUUACCAGUUGGUAGGGAAGAGGCGGUUUAAUAUUUGUGCUGGAAAUAAUGUUUGUUUCAGUAUUUUUGCCAAUGAAUGUUGAGUUUGUUCUCUCCCCCUUCCCGCCCCAUGUUCAUAUAUAUAACCAUCACCAAAAAGCGUUGGGAUACAAAAGUGAAAGCGUCCCUCACAUCUAAAUACUUUGCGUUUUCAGUUUUCAUUGUAUGCUUUGAAUACACAGUCGUAAAGAAGAGCGCCAGGCAUCAUUAAAAGUUUUUAAAAAAAUUCUGAGGGCAAACUUCUCUCUCUCUUUUUUUUUUC